AUGCCUGACUUCAGAGUUGGAAUCAAUGGAUUUGGACGUAUUGGACGCCUGGUCUUGCGAGCUGCCUUGGCAAAGGGCGUGAAUGUUGUGGCCGUCAAUGACCCUUUUAUUGACCUUGAUUACAUGGUAUACAUGUUCAAGUAUGACUCCACACACGGUCGCUACAAGGGCAACGUGACCAAGAACAACGGGAAACUAGAAGUUGAUGGACAUUUGAUCACUGUCUUUACAGAGCGUGAUCCAAGUGCCAUCGACUGGAAAUCAACAGGGGCCAACUACAUUGUAGAGUCCACUGGUGUUUUCACAACCAUAGAUAAAGCCACCGUGCACAUCAAAAGCGGAGGCGCCAGCAAGGUUGUCAUAUCUGCGCCUUCUGCUGACGCUCCCAUGUUUGUGAUGGGCGUCAAUGAAGAUAAAUAUUCCAAAGACAUGACCGUGGUCAGCAAUGCCUCCUGCACCACCAACUGCCUGGCUCCUCUGGUGAAGGUCAUCAACGACAAGUUUGGGAUUGUCGAGGGACUGAUGACAACCGUACACGCAACCACCGCCACCCAGAAGACUGUCGAUGGACCCAGCAACAAGGACUGGCGUGGAGGACGAGGAGCUUCCCAGAACAUCAUCCCCUCCUCUACAGGGGCAGCCAAGGCUGUGGGCAAGGUGAUUCCAGCGGUCAAUAACAAACUGACCGGCAUGGCUUUCCGUGUCCCAACUCCGGACGUGUCCGUGGUUGACCUCACUGUCCGGCUGGAGAAGGGGGCUUCGUAUGAAGACAUCAAGCGGGUCAUUAAAGAGGCCUCAGAGACUUACCUGAGAGGUAUCCUAGGCUACACGGAGGAUGAUGUCGUGUCCCAGGACUUUCUGGGAGACCCUCGCAGUUCCAUUUUUGAUGCCAAUGCUGGUAUUGCUCUAAACAGCAACUUUGUGAAACUGGUUUCCUGGUAUGACAAUGAAUGGGGAUACAGUAACCGGGUGAUUGAGCUUUUACAACACAUGAACCGGGUGGAUAGCCAGUAA